UUCAGAAGUCUAACUUUCAGAGGCGAAUACAUCAUCAUGAGCAAGUGGGCGCCAGUUGCUUCCCUUGUCCUGUUCCUCGUCGUCCUGUGGACCCAAGAUGUGAUGCCAGCCCAGACUGGGAAUCGGCUUGAUGGAGAUCAAACAGAUGAGGGCGCGAUCAUGGAAUUCAGGUUAGCCAUGAUGGAAGAGGAAAGGUCGGGAGUGAACAAGAGCGGGUACUGGGGCCACUGUGUGGACAAUGGAUGCCUCGACAAGAAUGGAAGAUGUGGAUUCUAUUGGUGGUCUUCCUGCAAGUCAAAGAUCUCUGCACUUUGCUCUGGGAUCUGCACUUGCUGCAUCAAAUAAGGUUCCUCUGAGCAACUGCUGCCUGAUAUAGACGACUGAUGACAUGGAUUAACAGACCACCAGAAGAAGACUUUCAGUGGAGUGACACCGAGGAUGUGGCCUUACAUUUCCGGAGGGAAAUAACUGUCUUUGUUCACAACCUCGUCCUUUUUUUCUUAGACAGGGGUUUUCAUGAAACGGUCACACGACAGCAUAGCCGUUUACAAAAGACAGUAAAGAAGUGUAAUAUCAUUAACUUUCAUGAAAUAGUAUAAUUUCCAGGGUGAAAGGCUAACCUCAAAUACCCUUUAUGAAAUAAACGUGUAUCUGCA